AUGCACAAGGUGUCGGCAGAGUCCUUCCAGGCGGUCACCGUGCUCUUCAGCGACAUUGUCGACUUCUCCAGCAUCGCCGCACAGAGCACCCCCAUCCAGGUGAUGGCCUUCCUGAACCGGCUGUUCAAGACGUUCGACAACCGCAUCGACCGGUUUGACGUGUACAAGGUGGAGGCGGUGGAGACGGUCUACAUGUGCGCCUCCGGCCUGCCGCAUAAAAACGGUGACCGUCACGUGACCGAGGUGGCUGACCUGGCGCUGGAGCUGCUGACCACCUCACGUCGGUUUGAGGUGCCGCACCUCCCGGACCAUCCGUUACAGAUUCGGCUGGGGAUCAACACCGGGCCCUGCGUGGCAGGAGUGGUCGGCACCAAGAUGCCUCGCUACUGCCUCUUCGGAGACACGGUCAACACGGCCGCCAGAAUGGAGCAGAACGGCCUGCCGAUGAAGAUCCACCUGACGCAGAGGACGUGUGACCUCCUGCAGCGGAUGGGAGGGUACCAGAUCGAGUUCAGGGGUCACAUCCAGGUGGAGGGAAAAGGAACGAUGGAGACAUACUGGCUUGUCAGCAAGAAUGAAGACACGUCCUCAAGAAAUGUCGGUAUAUCAAUAUCAGAUGAAUGACGCCAGCCUCUGUUAAACCUGCUUCACAAAGCCGCGAACAAUAGGAUCCCUCAUACACUUAAUUAGAGAGUGUUUGCUGUAUCGGCCUCUCAUUUCGAGCAUACACUUUCAGUGUA